AUGUCGACUAUUAAUAAUGAAAAUUAUAUUGAAAAAUAUCCAUUCAAGAAUAUUCUAGAUAAUAUUGAUAAACUACAACAAAUUGUCAUUUCAAAUGCGUUAACAAAUUCAUUAAUAAAUACUGAUUUGAAUUAUUCAAAAAUAGAACAAAUUGCUAAUGAUUUAUAUAAUACAAGUCAAUAUAUAUAUGAAAUAGUUGAAAAUAAUUCUAAAAAUAUAAUAAAAACUAUUCAAUUAAUUAUUUGUCAAUUUCUUCAGAUAUCAUUAAUUGAUAAUUGUGAAAUAAUUUUUAAUAAUAUUAAUAUAAAUUUAUUUAUUCAAUCAUUAAUUAAUAUUAUUAAUGUUGAUAGUAUAAAAAAUGCAUUUAAUAAUGAUGAGAAUGAUGAUGAUUCACGUAAAACAUUUUAUAGUCUAUUUAAUAUACUAAAUUUAAAUGGUAUUAUAAAAUAUUUAAGUGAUGAUGAAUAUAUUUCAUUUAAGUUAUCAAAUUCAUAUGAAUAUUUUCUUAAAAUAAUUAUUUCUUUAUUAAUACAAACAUCAAAAAAUAUAAUAUUUGUUAAAAAUGAUUUAAAAAAUCAAGAAUUUAUAUUAAAAUUAUUAGUAAAAUAUGUUGAUAAUUAUUUAACAGUGAGUACAUUAUCUACUCUAGUAUUAGAACAACAAGAACAUGAAAGACAUCCAAUUUUAUGUCGAACUGUCAGUGUACAGAUAAUUCUCUCAUUUUUUUACAAUAUGAUAGAUAAAACAAUUCUUGUACCAAAUUUUAUAAAUACUAAUUAUCAUGAAUUUGUUAUUAAAUGGAUAAAUAUAGAAAAUUUACAAAUAGAUGAUCAACGAACAAUUAUAAGUAUUAUACAUGAUUUAGCUCAACAUGAUUUAGGUGCAGAAGCAUUAAAUAAAUGUCAUGCAAUACAAGUAUUAAAAGAAUUUAAAAAACGUUUAUUAAAUGUUGAUCAUGAUGAAUAUCAAGAUUUAAAAUUAUUUUAUUGUAUGAUUAUAUCAUUAUUAUCGGAUCCAAAAGAGAAUAAAGAAGAUCCAAAAAGUAUGAAUAAAAUUCUUAAUCAAUUAUUACAAACAGCGAUUGAUGCAUCAUUAUCAAAAAAUUUUAUAUCAUCUAAUGGAUUUCAUAUUAAUGAACCAAUUGUUGUUCUAACAAAAUUAUGUGUACAUGAUGAUAUUUUACAUUAUAUUUUAAAUGAAGCUAAAGUUAAUAAACCACAAACAUCAAUAGUACAAUUUAUUAGUGAUUUAUUAAUACAUUUUCGUGGUGCAUUAGCCACAGAAGAUGAAACAGAUCAAAUGACAUGUAUUGCAUUAUUUAAUCUUGUUUGGAGUAUAUCGUUUCAUGAGCAAUAUAUUGAAGAAUUAAAAUCGAAUACAAAAUUUUUGUUAACUGUUAAAAGUUUGGCAAAUGAUGAUGGUGAAGCGUUGAUUGAACAGUACGUACCCAAACAUAUGGCAUCAGUAAAACAAGCAGCAAAUGGAAUAUUAUGGAAUUUAGACGAGAAUAAUCCAGCGCGAGUUUUAAGAACAUCGACGUCUGUCACCCAACAGGCUGCAGUUGAAAAUGAAAUCAAAUCACAAAUAACGAACAAGGGUAAUAGAGUGAUGGUUAUGAUUAGUUAUUCCCAUGCUGAUGUAAAGUUUUGUCAACAGCUGGUUACUGCACUAAAACAAGAUGAGCAACUUGAUAUCUGGGUGGAUUUUUCAUAUUGCCAUACUGAAGAUUUAUGGGAAGAAAUAGGUAUUGCCAUAGAAAAAGCAGAUGUUGUGUUAUUUCUCUUGACAAAAGACUAUUUUGAUUCAAAAUCGUGUCGACAAGAAGUUAUGUAUGCGAAAGAUUCGUUAAAAAAACGUUUUAUUCCUGUUUAUGCCCAGAAAGAGUAUAUUGCCACUGGAUGGCUCGGUGUUCGAAUAGUUGGUCCGCAAUAUGUUCGUUUUGGAAAAAAAGCAUUUGAUAGUACUGUUGUAGAAUUAAAAAAACUCAUUUUGGAUGAUGGUAACAGCGAAAAAAUCGAUGUGAAAAAACGGCCAUCCAUCACCGUUCCUGUUCAUACUGAAACAAUUAAAAAAGUUGAACAAAUAAACGCAGAGAAGAAACCUUUUGAUGAAGGCGCGAUAGAGUGGAAUACAAAAACAGAUGACAAUUUAAUGAUGAUAAAUGAAGAUCUUAUUACAAAACCGCUUCAUCAAUGGACCUUCAAAGAUGUCACCAGAUGGUUUAAUCAAAAUCGUAUUAAACGAGAAUUGCGAGAUCUUUAUGAAGAAUUUUAUAGCGGAACAGACCUUAUAUUUUAUUAUCAAAGUUUAAAAGCAGAUUGGCAAACAGAAUAUUUAGAUAUUAGGGAAAGAUAUUUGAAAAAAUACGAUAAAACCUUGUAUAGAGAUCAAUUUGUGCGUCUCGUAAGUGCAUUAGAUCGUCUAUCAACCGAUAGGUGUGAAGUUAAAUCUACAAAGAAAUCAAAGAGUUUGAGUAUGUGUAGUAUUGUUUGA